UCCGGCCCCGCCCCGUUCCGGCCCCGCCCCGGCCAUGGCGGCCCCGCGGCGCCUGCAGCUGACACUGGCGCUGCUCAAGCCGGACGCCGUGGCCCAUCCGCUCGUGAGCGAGCGCCGCCUCUUCCCGCAGGCCGUGCACGCCGCCAUCCUCCGUCACCAGUUCCUCAUUGUCCGCGCCAAGGAGCUGCGGUGCGGCCCGGAGCAGAGCCGCCGCUUCUACCGGGAGCACGCCGGGCGUUUCUUCUACCAGCGGCUGGUGGAGUUCAUGGCCAGUGGCCCCAUGUGGGCUUACAUCCUGGCCCACGAGAAUGCUGUCCCUCUCUGGAGAUCCCUGAUGGGACCCACUAAAGUGUUCCGAGCCCGACACAGCGACCCAGACUCCAUCCGAGGUGCCUAUGGCCUCACAGACACCAGGAACACGACCCAUGGCUCAGAUUCACCUGCCUCAGCCAGCAGAGAAAUUGCCUUUUUCUUCCCCGAGUUCGAUGAGCGGCGCUGGUACGAGCAGGACGAGCCCCGGCUCCGCCGCGGGCAGCUGUUCUACAGCCCCGAGGAGCGUGUGCACCGUGUGCUCAGGGCACAGGAGGCAGACGUGACCUGAGUUACCCCUGGUAGGGUUUGCUGACCUGGCAGCACCUGUGGGCAUUGUCUUGGGGCACCAGACACAGAGCUGUGCCGUGCUUCAGGGACUGUGGGAAAGGAAAGCCUCAUGCAUGUUGUGCUGCCUGGGAUGAGGUUGUGCCACCUGGGAUCAGGUUAUUGGGGUAACAGGCAGAUGCUGGGGCGCUGUAGGAAGAAUUCCCCCAGCAGUGCUCAUGCUGACAGUCUGGCCAUGCAGCUCACUGGGCCCCUGAGUUUGUUUGGGUGUGAACAGGACAGGUGAGUUGGUCAAGGGCCGGCUGAAGGAUGGGUUGGUUGUGCCAGAUGGGAUUGGCCUGACUUUGCUGAUGGGAAGCCUUGGGUUCUCCCUGCUGGCUGUUCCCACAGUGCUUAGGGAGAAAAGAAGGAAAAAGAGCAGGAAGAAAGGUAUCAGCAGGGCAAGGUGAACUGUCCUGUCCAUUCUCACCUUCAGCUGGGCUGGGAAAUGAGCAUCUCUGCCAAUAGCUCUUCAUGUGAGACCACUUGAAGCCCUCAGUGACCAUGGCCUGACAGCACCAGGACAAUUCCAUGUCCUUGGGAAAUGGGAUGGACAAGGCCUCUGAAUUACCCAGAUAUGUGAUGGAAUGAUGCAGGAGGACUUAGUUGGGAGGUACAGAGCCAAGUCCUGGCAGGCUGAUACGUGUUUCUCUGUGUGAUGCCGUGUGAGGUGUGUUCCUGGAUGGGGUUUCAGUCUGUUUAUGCUGUCUCCCUACAGGCUCCUUACAGUACUGCCAUUUUAGUUACAGUGCCUUGUACUGAGGGAAUUUCCUUUGGGCAGUCCCAAAUGCUCAGGCUGGGGAAGGUGUGCUGUGCUUGGGGCAGGAAAGCUGAGCUGAGAUUCAGCAGUGCCCUGGCACCUGACAGAGCCAAGGCAGGGACUCUGCAGGUACUCCCAGAACUCUGUGAGCUGUUGGGUAGUGACUGACGAUGCUCUGUGGAGGAAAGCACUGCCCACAGCUGCCGUGGUUAAACUCAUCUGCGUUUGUGGUGCCUCCUCCUUUCUGGGAUCAAAUGGUCGUUGUUCUGUUCCAGGUACAGAUCCAGGGAUUUGUGGGACAUCACUGCUGUCCCUGUCCUCAGCAGUGUCGAGUGGAUCUGCUCAGGAUCCUGUGUGUCUUCACACAGGUCUGAGAGCUGCUGUCCCCCGUGCUGUUGAUAUUUUAUUGAUGCUUUAUCAGUUGUUUCAUUGAUUCUUGGAGGAUUUGCUUAGAGCUGUGUGUUUUUCUUGAAACUAUUAAACUUUAUUAUUUUUCACUUUU